UUUCCCAUUUUUUGUCACCUGCAGCUGCCCCUUGACUCCCACCGUGAGCAAAGCCAGCGCUGGAGCCAUGGAGGUCUUCGAUGUCUAUGGAACAGAUGAUCUGCAGGGCUUUCUGAAGGCUAAAAGUGCAGAAGGCUGGGARGUGGUGGGAACAGUCAGCAGGCCUGAGGAUGUGGAAGAUGUUCCWGUGAUCAGCUGCUCGGAAUUCCAGUGGGACAAACCCAUUAUUGUAGUUAUAGGCAGUGAAGGGGAAGGUCUGUCCCCACAGACCCAGCAGCAGUGCCAGCUCAUGCUGACCAUCCCCCCUGGCAGGGAGCUGCACCCYGGCAUCGACUCCCUCAACGUCUCCGUGGCCACAGGGAUCCUCCUGCACUCCAUCUGCAGCCAGAAACGCAGGCAUGGAGACUGAAAUGGCCUUGAUUUGGUGGAGGAAGCUGCUCUCUGUGGACAUGGAAAUGCUCUUUUUGGGGUCUCCACCAUCRCUGUGAGCUCCAGGGAGAGCCCCAGUGACCUGAGCUGCACUUUGGCUGCUGCAGGAGCUGCCAGAUCUCCACCUGAAAACCAAAAGCAGAGCCCUGGUGCUGUAGGUAACACCUGAGAGGAGCAGCUGGGACAAGGCUGGUCUGGAGCAGCCCCAUUUUUGGCAGGAAAACACUCGGGGAUGGCUGCAGCUCUGUGCUUACUGCUCUGUGGGGACAAUUUGGGCUGUGAGUGACACUGGCACCAAGUGCCAGCUGUGCUUGGGCACCCCUGGAGUUGGUUCUUCUGUGUUUGGUGUAACCCAGGCUUGCAGCCCUGCCAAGGGGGAAAUACAGCCUGUGAAAAUAAAACUUUUAUACAGAUUGGCUGUAGAUUCAGAUCAAUCCAUUUGUGUGUCCUGUAAAUCCAGAGUGUGAUUUAAUCCUCCAGGUGGGCACAGGAAUCCGGGGUUGGUUUCCUUUCCACUGUCCUGCUGAUGGCAUCGGGAUGGCUUUUUCCAGCUGUCCUGGCUGGAAAACCAGGCUGGCAGGAUUAUUGAGAGCCAAAAGAAUGUUAUCACUUAGCACCUUAAUUAUUUUAUUUAGCYACCGUGGCCCUUCGCAUAGGAUUCCUCAUUAACACUUAAUUUACAGUGCCCUUUAGGGAUAAUUUCAAACAAUUCCGCUCAGUCUGCCCCCUCCCCCCUUCCAAAUGAAUAAGUAAAUCACUUCCAGUGACUAAUUAGGACUUUCCUUUGAGCUAAAUGAAGUCUGUAAAGCUUGGUCUGUGGGUKUGGGGGUGUUGUCUGUGUGUCCCCGGGAGGGUCUGGCUGGUGACAGUGGGGACAUUCGGGGUGUUUGGGAUGGGGACAGGACACAGAGCUCCUGAAAGGUGUCCAGGACUCCCUUCURUGGUGGGGACACGUCCCCUGAGCCRUGUCCUGGGGAAAAGGGACAAAUCCCAAAUCCCUCUGGAGCGCUAUCCUGCAGACAGAUUGUGUUACCCCAAUCCACAGGGAGCUGAAGAGCCCUGAGCUGCAGGAUCUGGGGGCUGAAUUUGUCUUUUUUCCACUGAAA